AUGACAGAGGAAAACAGCACAGAUCAUUGUGGGGAUGCAAACAAAGCAUUUACCUCCAGCCAAGGACAACUCCUGGUGGGUGAUAAAAAGUACACGGUGCGUUCACUAAAAAUGAACGGCGCGACAAUGAUGUUUCUUGGCUCCGCCGAGCCAGAGUGUUUGGACGAGAUGGCAGUAGCAAUGCAAAUGCCGCAGGAUGGUCAAAUAAUUGGAACGACGAUAUUAGGGGCACAAAGCAGCAUAACAGAUUCACAAAGACUGGCAGAACAGUUUACACGUCGCUAUGGACGACAGUUUUUUGUUAGUUUCAAUGCUCAAGUUGAUCGAAUGACGGCACCACUACUUGAGAAACAGCUAAAUGAAUAUAUGCGUAAUAAUAAGGAUUUGUUUGUUUAA